UUCGCGACGCGGCUGCAGGCGGCCGCUCCUGCACAGCCGGGGCGCGGCCCCUCUUCCGGUGGCCCGUACAUGUCCGCAGCUCCGCCGCGCUGACCGCCCCCCUGCCCCCGGGAAGCCAGGAGAGAGGAACCAGCCGGCGACGGGGCCCGCACCCCGGAGCGCCCCGAGGCCCCGACAGGUCUGUGGGUUAGAAGUCUGACCUGGGCUUCAGUGGGCUAAAAUCAAGGUCUCGGCAAGCCGGCCAUGCUUCCUGCAGGCUCUGGAGGACCAUCUGUGUCUUUAUCCUCUUCAAGCUCCUAGAGGCGCCCACAUUCCUUGGCUGGUGGCUUCUUCCUCCACCUUCAAAGUCAGCAACCUUCUUCCAAAGUCACAGCUCCCUCUGCUUCUCCCCUGUCCCCCUCUUCCACUUGUAAGGUCCCUUGUGAUCACGUUGCACCUACUCAGAUAAUCCCAGGGGGUUUCGCUAUCUUAAGGUCAGCUGACUGACAACCUUAGUUCCAUCUCCAAUCUUGAUUGCCUUUUGCCACGUAACACAGUGUAUUCACCGACUCCCGGGGACAGGACAAGGACGUCGUUAGGGGGCUGUCAUUCUGCCCACCGCAGUCCCUAUGAGCUAUAUUGUGACCGUGGUCCUGAGACAGGACAGGGAAGGCCUGCUGCGUGGACGCUCUGCAGGCACGGACAGGAGGAGAAAGCUAUGGCCAGUCAGCCGUUACACGCCACAGUGCCAGAGGCUGUGUGGAUCUGCUGCAGUGGAGACGCCACUUCCAGCCUGGCAGCCCUGAUUGCUUCUGCUGCCUGUGUAAGUUUCCUGUCAUCCACCAUCUUCCACGUUUAUUUGUUUCUCGCCAAGGCCAGACAGCAGGGCCAACCGCGGAGGACCAAGCAGCCACCACCAGCCAGUGAGCCUUCCUGUAAGCUCCUGGCGAGAAAGGAGCAGGCCUGCCGUGAGCAGGACCACCAGGACUACCUGGAGCUGAUGGAGAAGCUGCAGAGGCAGGUGGACGCGCUGCUGAACCGCGAGGGCGUGAGCUGCGACGCGGCGCGGGCGGCGCGGCGGCUGCAGCGGCGUCUGGCCCUGGUGGACUUCGAGGACAGCGACGGCGGGCGGGCAGUCCCUGGCCAUCCAGCUGCUAGCCGAGCAGGGCGCCAGUCGCAACCUCAAGGUGGGCGCCGGGCGAGGACUGGGGGCCGCGCCUCGUCCGGGCGGGCCGUGCUCAGUGAGCGCGUCCAGCAGGGCGCCUUCGGCCGGACGCCGCUGUACCGAGCGGCCUUCGGGGGCCACCUGGAAGCCGUGGAGGUGCUUGUGAAGCUCGUAGCUGACCCCCGGGUGUAUGCGGACGACGGACGCACCCCCGAGCAGGUGCGCCGGCGUGGGCAGAAGCUCCCGGUGCGCUUGCUCCCCCACCCGCAAAGCUGUCAGGAGCCUGGGGGCCCCGCCCCGGCUGGUGCCGAACCUUCCAGGACCCAGAGCCUUUGCAGGCCCUUCCCCUCCCAAAGUACUCGCUAUGAGCCUUACCGGGCACACGCGAUCAAGACCACAGCUCCCGGUUUCUUGGGGCCUCCUGUGGCCGGGGUUCUACUCACGUCCCUGGACCCUCAGCCCACCUUGGAAGCAGUGUUACCAUGGGAGGUGGAGAAACAGACUGGCUCCUCGGGAGCCAGCGCGGGAGCUCUGGGGCACUGAGGGCAGCGCUAGGACCGCCCACCUGGCCCCUCACUCAGAAUUUCCACGUCUCUGAGAAAAUUGAGCCCUGGGGCUUGGAGCCAUGACCCUGCCCAAGGCAGCUCAGCCUGGCAGCUCCUUCGUGGCGCCCGGGAACGAUGUCAAGGGGCCUUUGUCAAGGGGCCUGUCCCCUGGGCCAGGCUGGGGACACGGGUGCCUGGACUUCUCCCCGGCCCAGGAGGCCAGGUCAGAUGAGGCUGACCCAGGGCCUGUGGGAGCAGCCGUGAAGCCAGAUCACCUAAUGCCACGGCCUUAAUUUCUUCAAAUGAGUCUGACUGGAAUCUCGGGCCCUCGCCCAUCUCAGCCGUGUGUCCUUCCACCCCAGUCUGUAGAGCCGAGGUGUUGGCUGGAAAAUGUGGGACUGGCCCGGGUCUGCUGCUGAGCCCCUGCUUCCACCCGUGGGGUGCCAGGGCCUUUGCCACCUGGGGACCCCGUGUCCUGGGCGCCACCUUCACCCCCAGCUGCCUCCUCAGGGUGCUGCUCCAGGCUCCCCCUUGUGCUGGAAGGCAUCCCCUCUGCUCUUCUUGGCUUCUCCUCUUUAAUAAGCAACAGGCCAAGCUUGAAAAGACCAGCAGAGCCUCUGGCUUCAAACUCCUCCUGCUUCCUCCUCAAAGGAGCAAAAUGUGAGGCUAGGAGGACCGAAGGGCCUGGCCAUGGCCUCAGAGGGGCUGGAGCGAGGAGGGGCACAGGGAGGCCCACCUCUCCGCGGGUCGUGUUGGGGCAGGCCCGGGCGGUGGGCACAGGGCAUGAAGGCUAGAGAAGCAUGCAGGCGGCCUUCUGAGGGGUGCUGAGGAGGAUGUCCAGCCCGCCGGUGCCUGAGGGUGGGGCAGGGGGCACUGAGACGAGCAGCACCCUGGGGGGGGGCGGGAGGCCACUGGCUGCAGGAGGGACAGUCUGGUGCUGGAGCAAUUGGACGUCCACAAGCGAAGGAAUGAACCUUCACCUAAACCUCACACCCUAUAUAAAAUGAACUCAAAAUGGAUUAGUAUUUAAAUGUAAACUGUAAAACCUUUAGAAGAACACAGGAGAAAAUCUUUGGGACCUAUGGCUUGGUAAAGGGUUCUUAGACAAAAAGCACAAUCAAUCGAUAAAAGAAAAAAAUAAACCAACAAAUUGAACUUCCUAAAAAUGUAAAACUUUUGCUCUGCUGAAGCCCCUGUUAACAGGAUGAAAAGACAAGCCACAGAGAGGGAGAAAAUCCUUGCAGACCACAUAUCUGACAGAGGACCCAUAUUUAUAACAUACAAACAACUCUCAAAACUCAAUGGUGGGCUUCCCUGGUGGCGCAGUGGUUGAGAGUCCACUUGCCGA